GUUUAACUUUAAAAAAAAAAUGAAAAGAAAAGAAAAAGACGUGCAUUUUAGUCAAGCAGAAAAUAACACAACCUUCUCCCCCAAGUUCCAACUAUAAAUAACUGUUUCUCAAAAACCGAAACUCCAAACUCUUAAAAACCCCGCGAAAGAAGAUAGUAAAAUCCAAAGAAAGAAAAGGGCAAAAAAAAAAAAAAAAGAAAUGUCUGGGUAUCCCUACAGUAACAGUUACGGUGCACCAUCACCCUACGGUGCUACUCCGCCACCGUCCGCCAACUCGCCCUACGGAGCACCACCGUCGUCCGCCCAGCCCUACGGCGGCGGCCACGCUCCCGUAGGUACAUCGUACUACGGAAACCCUUCUGCGCCACCAUACUCGGACCACCACACUAAGCCUCCCAAAGAAGGCAAACAGUCCUCCGCCCCAUACGGCGGCGUCGCCGGAGCGCCGCCACCUUCAGUUCCUUACGGUGCUCCACCGCCGCCUUCGGGUCCUUAUGCUAACCCUUUUGCCGCUUUGAUGCCUUCUGCUUUCCCGCCGGGUACUGAUCCCAGCAUAAUAUCUUGCUUCCAAAGUGCGGAUAAUGAUAGGAGUGGGUUCAUUGAUGAUAAGGAGCUCCAAAGGGCACUUUCGUCAUAUAAUCAGAGUUUCAGCUUGAGGACUGUUCAUCUUCUCAUGUAUACCUUCACCAAUUCCAACGUCCGGAAAAUUGGUCCCAAGGAGUUUACCCCACUUUACCAUAGUCUUCAAAACUGGAGGGCAACUUUUGAGAGAUUUGACAAAGACAGAAGUGGCAAGAUUGACGCCACUGAGUUGAAAGAGGCACUAUUUAGCCUGGGAUUUGCUGUAACACCGGUGGUGUUGGAUUUGCUGGUGUCUAAAUUCGACAAAACCGCCGGGAAGAACAAGGCCAUCGAAUACGAUAAUUUCAUCGAGUGCUGCCUCACGGUGAAGGGUUUGACGGAGAAAUUCAAGGAGAAGGAUACGGCGUACACCGGCACCGCAACUUUCGGCUACGAGGCUUUCAUGUUAACGGUUUUACCUUUUCUGAUCGCUUAAUGUUGUUGUAAAUUAAGCGCAAAUCUGAUUUGAUCAUUUUUAUUUGUUUGGGUUGAUGUUAUCUUGUGUUUUGUUACAUUUUCACUUUCGCUUUUGUAAUACUGAUUUCUUAUCUUGUCUUGUCUUUUUUUUUUCCGAACUGUUUUGAGAUUUGUUGUUUUAUUUUGUUAUUAUUACCACAUUCGGUACCGAAUGAUAUGAAUUUUCA